AUUUCACUUUGAUUGCUUCGUUGCAGUUGUGACAAGGUAAACAUACAUCAGCAUGAAGGUUCUCAUCGUUCUCCUAUUGGGUCUGGCCUUUGUCCUGGCCGAUCACCAUCACCAUCACCACGACUAUGUGGUGAAGACGCACGAGGAUCUGACCAACUAUCGCACGCAGUGCGUGGAGAAGGUUCACGCCAGCGAGGAGCUCGUGGAGAAGUACAAGAAGUGGCAGUACCCCGAUGACGCGGUGACCCACUGCUACCUGGAGUGCAUCUUCCAGAAGUUCGGCUUCUACGACACCGAGCACGGAUUCGAUGUCCACAAGAUCCACAUCCAGCUGGCCGGCCCUGGAGUUGAGGUGCACGAAUCGGACGAGGUGCACCAGAAGAUCGCCCACUGCGCCGAGACCCACUCCAAGGAGGGCGACUCCUGCUCGAAGGCCUACCACGCCGGCAUGUGCUUCAUGAACUCCAACCUGCAGCUGGUGCAGCACAGCGUCAAGGUCUAAAGGGAGCAUGGAUCCAGCCAUCCAGAACCAUCUGAUCGCUUGUCUAAAGUUCAAGUCGUAAAUAAAGUAUUUGUUUAACGGCCC